AUGUCCGCUACACAAGUUGAAGCGCAGUUCUUAGACAGUGCAAUUAGUCCACUUCUUUGCUAUGAAUUAAAUAUAUGUGUAGAGUACUUUCAGCAUGGAUUCAAUAUGGUUUUCAACGACAGCGAAGCCAUCUAUUGUCUGGUCAGGAGUAUUCUGCACCCGAGCUUACGGACGAAAACUUCCGUUCUCAUUUUGUUAGCAGCGAUCUGUCUGGUCAAAGGCGGCCAUGAACUGAUAAUCAGUUCCUUUGACCGUUUCAAGAAGGAAUGUUUUGAAGAGAAGCGCUUUCAGACACUUUUCGGCUAUUUUCAGGACUUUGAAGAAUUCCACGUCGAUUUUAUGGUACGAAAUACGUUUAAGUUGCGAAAGAUGGAGAGCGAAGAUCUGCUAAUUCAGAUUUCAGCAUAUUCAGACAACAUGUACGACGUCGGACAGCUGUUGGAGGAUUCAGAGCAAAAAAGCGCCUACCAGCAGCGUUUGGAAGAAGUCGACCUCGAACUGUCACGAGUACAACGGUCUUUACAUCAGAAGACCGACAAUGACCUGAACACAUUGCGACGUGUAUUCACUCAGAAAGAGCAGGAGGCGCGUAAUCAGCAAUCGAAACUUGAAUCUCGAAUUCAAGAGCUGGAAAAUCUUCAAAAGUCGUUUAAAUCGAUGGCAUCGGUUAAUGCGACCAGUGAACCACCUCCCGCCCCUAAUCUUAACAUCAACAGUGCUCCCGCAGCUCCUGUUCCGGCGGCGGCGACGGUAGUCGUGCCGCCACCAAUCAUACCUCCGCCGCCGCCACCGGCAAUACCAUUUCGUAACUCCUGUUCUGUCGUUCGCACCGCCGUUGCCCCCCGCUAUACCGGUAUUCAACUGUGCUCCACAAACCUCGACCUUUUCUUCAGAUUCAGGUAUCAGUCGUACAAUUCUCAACUAUCAUCCUGUACAACUGUCUUGUGUUUUUCAGCAAUGACCAUAAAGAAAAGAAUCAAUACCAAAUACAAGCUUCCAUACCUGAAUUGGACGGCAUUGAAGCCUAACCAGGUAAAGGGAACCGUUUUCUCUGAGUUGGACGACGAUAGAGUUGCUCAGCAAAUCAAUUUCGACGACUUCGAGGAACUCUUCAAGCUUGAUCCAAAACCAAUCAGCGGUACUCCUAAUGCAAAUGCCACACUUGUACGAUCAGGUCAAAGUCCUUCGGUUUCCUCCAACAAGAAAGAAACCAUCUUAGACCAUAAAAGACUCAGGAAUCUGGCAAUUACUAAGCGCAAGUUGGCAAUGGAAUCUGCGGACUUAGUGAAAGCUAUAAACAGUUUUGAUCUGAAUGUUCUGAAUCUCGAGAAAGUCGAAAUCUUACUCAGGAUGUUGCCAACUCCGGAAGAAGUAAUUCAAUUUAACAUCAUAAUAUUAGUUGGAAGUAUACAUUUAUGCAAAGCGGAGAGGAUUGGCCAAAAGCUACAAAUUAUGAGUUUUAUGGGGAACUUUUCUGACACCGUUUCGAAACUCGACCCGUUGUUCAAGACCGUAAUGACGGUUUCCAAAUCUCUGAAGGGAGCACGCAAGUUCAGGAAGAUCUUGGAAAUCAUUCUUGCCUACGGUAAUUACAUGAACAGCGUCGCACGUGGCGGCGUUUACGGCUUCCGGUUACAAUCCCUUGACUCGCUGCCAUUCCUUAAGUCGACGUCGAAUAAGUCGAUCACUUUGAUGCACGUCCUUGCUCAGACUGUACGCGACAAGUUUCCUGAACUUCUGAAUUUCAGCGACGAGUUUGCGGCGAUCGACAAAGCCUCAGCGCUCUCCCUGGAAUCGUUGACAGCAGACGUAGCCGAACUGGAGAAGGGCUAUGAAUUAACCAAGAAGGAAUGCGCUCUUCGCGGUGAAUCCGUACAAGUUCUUGUUCAGUUCCUGGCCAAAGCUGAGACCGACAUGAAGAACAUACGCUCUGCUGCAACCACUGCUACGCAAAGUGACGAGGAAAACGUAGCUCGCAGCAAAGCUGAGGAGAAACGGCAGAACCGCUCUUUAAGGUCCAACCAAUCUGACAGUAUUUCAGAAGUGGUGAACAGUUUAAAAAGGACUACAAUUAGACCAGGCUUCGGUGUACAACGGCGCGAGUUUACGCGUAAACGUGAUCCCGGUGAAAUGGGUCUAGGAACGUUAGACGAUAUCAUUUCCGGUAUGGAUUUAUUCUUCUUUGGAUUUCAAAAGUAUAUCAGCAUGUAUCAGUAUAUGAUGCUGAUCAGUACCAUCUGUACGUUUCGUGAUUUAUUGUUGAGGUGCAUGCAUAAUUUUACCCCUCCGCUAUGUUAACC